CCCACACCUCAUCCCCAACAUCCAUCACCCUCCUACCUAGAAAAUCCCCCACAAUGGCCGACAACUCCAAACUCGAAGACAAUUCCAGCUCGCGCGAAGCAGCCAAAGAGGUAAUUGAAGAAAACGCAGCCACGGCGCAAGGCGACUCCGAAAGUGAAGACGAAGAAGAGGAACCCGUCGCCGAGGGAGCCCCAGCUGCCAGCUCCGCAGCAAAGAAGAAGAAGUCCAAGAGGAAGCGCAUAAAGGCCGCCCUCACCAGCGCUACAGCCAAAGGCGAAUCCUCAGCUUCAGCUUCUGCCGACCCAAGAGCCGACGCAUCGAAAGCCAUCGGGUCGCUAAGUAAAGCGCAAAUCCAGGAUAUCCUCAAGAUGAACCCUGGGCUGGCACAGGAAUUGAGCGCGGGUGGUAAAGACGACGCGAAGAUGGCGGAGGAGUUCAAGAAGUUGAGCUUGGAGGAGAUUCUCUCGGGGUUGGCGUCGAGUGGGAAGAAUGUGAAGGAUAUGGCGGGGUAUAAGUUCUGGCAGACGCAGCCGGUGGGGAAGCUGGGGGAUAAGGAGAAGAUUGAGAAGGAGGGUCCGUUUAAGGAGAUUGAUAUUGAGCAAGUGCGGAAGGAACCGUAUCCUAUGGCGGAUGGCUUUGAGUGGGUUACGAUGGAUCUGUUGGAUGAGGAGGAGUUGAAGGAGGUUUUUGAGUUGCUUUAUGGGCAUUAUGUUGAGGAUGAUGAGGCUAUGUUUCGGUUCAAUUACUCGAAGUCUUUUCUUAAAUGGUAUGCUUUUUCUAUGCAGAUUUCUGAUUCUGUGCUGACUAGUCCAGGGCCCUUCGUUCCCCAGGAUGGAAAAGGGAUUGGCAUGUUGGAUUACGUGCUACCCAAUCCCGUAAACUCGUAGCUUUCAUAUCAGCUAUCCCCGUCGACUUGCGAGUCCGAGAUAAAGUCCUGAAGGCAUCCGAAGUCAACUUUCUCGUCGUCCACAAAAAGCUUCGCUCAAAAAGACUCACUCCAGUGCUGAUCAAAGAGAUCACACGAAGAUGCUAUCUCGAAGGUGUUUUCCAAGCUAUCUACACCGCCGGAGUCGUAUUACCAAAACCAAUCAGUACCUGCAGAUACUUCCACAGAUCGAUAGAUUGGCAGAAAUUACACGAUGUUGGAUUCAGUCCUUUGCCGAAGGGCAGCAAACCAUCAUACCAAGUACGAAAAUACCAAUUGCCGGAUCAUACUGCCACAAAGGGACUACGAGCGAUGGAGCAUAAAGAUAUUGAUGCUGUUCAUGAUUUACUUACCCGGUAUCUAAGAAGAUUCGACAUGUCCCCUGAAUUCAGCAAGGAAGAAAUUGAACACUGGCUUCUUCAUAAACCAAAAGAGUUUGAGGAGCAGGUCGUCUGGUCAUAUGUCGUAGAGGUAAGUCUCAUCCCAUUUUACUCUCUUACCCCAAAUCAAGAUCAGAAUUCGGGAUCGGAAUCGGAAUCGAAAUCCAUAAAAACUAACACCUCUCCCAAGGACCCUCAAACGAAAUCUAUCUACGACUUCUUCUCCUUCUACUGUCUCGAAUCCUCCGUCAUCAACAACCCAAUCCACACCAACGUCCGCGCAGCCUACCUCUUCUACUACGCCACCGAAACCGUCUUCUUCCCGGAUUCUUCCCGCGAAGACCUCAAGACCUGCCUCAACGCUCUCAUCAAUGACGCACUGAUCCUCGCCAAGAAAUACAAGUUCGACGUCUUCAACGCCUUGACGCUACAAGACAAUGCCUUGUUCUUGGACCAGCAGAAGUUUGGUGGUGGUGAUGGACAGUUGCAUUAUUAUCUUUAUAAUUAUAAUGCUAAUCCCAUUGCGGGGGGUGUGGACGCGAGGAAUAAUGUUGAUGAGGCGGGGAGUGGGGUUGGUGUUGUGAUGUUGUAGUGAGACUCUGGGUCUGGGUUAAGUUGGGUCAGGUUGUGAGGAGAGUGUUGGCGGGGAUGGCUGUGAGGAUGGG